AUGUCUGAAGAAGAUGGAAAGAUACGAGAGAUGCAAACUGAGGGUGCGAGGGGUCCUGAGAAUAUCGAACAACUGAGGAAAACGAUCACGAUCGAUACCAUCCACAAUGACGAGGCUAUGAAGGUUCUUGCCAACUAUGUUGGGGACGAAGAGUGGACAGAGGAGGAAGAGAAGAAGCUGGUGCGGAAGAUUGAUCGCAGAUUGUUGUCUAUCCUUUGCUUGACAUAUGGCCUCCAGUAUUACGACAAGGCCAUGCUCUCACAAGCGGCCCUAUUCGGUCUCCGGACCGACCUUGACCUCAACGUCGGUAUUCGGUACUCAAUGUCUGCCUCGAUCUUCUACUUGGGCUUCAUAGUCGGCGCAUACCCGGCAAUUGUUCUGGCACAGCGCUAUCCCAUCGAGCGUGUGGUCUUCGGCAUCGUGCUGCUGUGGGGAAUCUGUCUGACGUGCACGGCGGCUUGUCACAACUAUCAGAGCCUCUAUGCACAGAGGUUUUUUCUCGGUGCGCUGGAGUCAGGGGUAUCUCCAGCUUGGAUGCUGGUUGUCGGAGGAUGGUACAAGAAGCAGGAGCAAGCCUUGCGCAUGGGGGCAUGGUAUAGUAGCACGGGAUACGUUUCCAUGGUAUCUCCGCUUAUCAACUAUGGACUGGGACACAUCAAAGGCUCUCUCUCCCCCUGGCGGUACAUGUACAUAGUCGCGGGAUCCAUUACUAUACUCUGGUCGUUUGUGAUUCUGUUCCUGAUGCCACCGGACCCGAUCCGUGCACGACGCUUCACCGAUCGAGAACGCUACAUCGCGGUAGCUCGCAUGCGGAUGAACAACUCCGGGGUGCGCAACACACAUUUCAAGAAACAGCAGCUCUUCGAACUCCUGCUGGACAUCCGCUUCUGGCUGGUAUUCAUCAUGGCCUUCUGCAUUCUAGUCGCCAACGGGCCUGUCUCAACAUUUAUCCCCAUUAUAAUCAACCAGCUCGGGUUCAGCGGCUUGAACUCUCUCUUAUUGAUCAUGCCCGCCGGUUUUAUCAUCGGCACGAUCGAGCUGACGGCCCCGUACCUCGCAUAUAAAUUCCCAGGCUGGAGAGCAUACCUCGUUACCAUCACCGUCUGCGGUACCAUCGUCGGCUCGUUCCUGCUGUGGCUGCUCCCGCAAUCACAGACCGGCGCGAGACUGUUUGGCGUCUACAUCCUCGCGUCCUAUGGCGGCGGCUAUGCCGUCCUCAUGAGCAUGCAGAUCGCCAACACGGCCGGCUACACGAAACGUUCCGUUGGCUCGUCCGGCAUGUUCGUCGGCUAUUGUCUUGGGAAUUUCCUCGGUCCUCUCGUGUUCAAGACCGAACAGGCUCCAAAGUACAAUACAGGCUGGAUCACGACGAUUGUGACUUCGAUCGUCGCUGCGGUGCUCGCCAUAGUCUACAGAAUGAUCUGCUCGUGGGAGAAUAAGAAGAGAGACAAGACGGGCGUACUCGAGGAUUAUGAACAUGCCUAUGAAGAUGAUUUGACCGACAUGAAGAACCCACAGUUUAGAUAUACUCUCUGA